CAGUGUUGCUUUGCAGACUGAGCAGCUGCUGAACCACAAACCAGAAUCGCAUUCACAGAGGAAACUUCAUUGAUCUAAUUUAAUCUAUUUAAAUAAAACUGUAUUAAUGCAGAAAACACUGUCAUUUAUGUGCAAACAUUAUUGUUGACAUGAUUCCAGCUCUCGGUCACAACAUCAGCUGUUUCCUCUGUUGCUGAUGUGAUCAGCUGAUCGUCUGCAGAUCCAAUCAUCUGGAGUCCUGAGCUGCUCAGCGCACUGGACCGGAGUCUAUGAAUGAGAGGAUUGUUCGUGUUGUUUUCAGUGAACUGCUCCUUUUCCCUCUCAGCUCCACAUAUGGUGAUCGUGUCUCCGCCCAGCAGCUCCACCACUCACCCGCUGCUGUCUCCCCGCCCAGUGCCUGAGUGUGUGUGUGUGUGUGAGAGAUAGUGUGAGUGUGAGUGAGUGAGAGAUAACAGUGGAAACUGGGCAGGGUCCACCCGCAGUCCACGACGCGCACACGGUGGAGCGUGUACUGUACUUUCUCGUAUGCGCCAUGACGCACGGUUUGCGCCGACGCCAAACUCCAACUGCGCUCAACUUGUCCUCGCUGUGACAUAAUUUGUUUCCUGUGGGCGUUUCAGCGCAGACACCGGCCGUGUUGUGUUGUGUUGCGUUUUGUUGCUCAACUUCUGGAAGUAUGUGCGUGCGUCGUGGGAGCUGAGGAGGAAUGCGCGGAUUCGGUGGAUUUUGCGCUCGUGUGUGUUUUUGUGUCGUGACUCCAGGCGAUCUGCAGUGAGGCACAGUGAGCGUGGGAUCCUCCGGAGACAUGCAGCACAAUGUGGAGCUGCAGCUCUGCCGCUAACACACUGUUUACCUGCGUUGUUGAGACGGAGCCAGACGUGCCUGUGCAGGGGCUCCAUGGGUAACCGCCGUGCGUAACGCUGGCUCCAUGGAGGACUGCUGGAGAAGCCGCAAUCCACACUUUCUAACGCAGUGAGUGAUACUUGAAGCAAGAUGAGUCAAGAGCAGGACGGGAUCUCGUUACAGGUGCCUUGCUUAGGGUCUUGUCCCGGCAAAGAGAGCCCCGGCGGUGAGGGCACCGGUGGCGGCGCGUCCGGGGUCCCCGCAGCCGGAACUUUCUGGCAGGACUCGGCGGUGGUGGUCGGCGGUGCGGUGUUCAGCCCCACCGCCGUGAGCUGCCCGAUGGAAAGCGGAGGCUUGCUCUCCACGGGGAAGUCGUGCAAAAGCAGGCCGGUGACGGUGGCUUAUGUGGUGUACGGGGAGGGCAUCCAGCAGAAUAACGCGGAGAGCAUGGCCCUGCAGUGCCUGAAGGACGCCUGCGACGCGGUGGGCAGCAAACUGGAGACUGUGAACUUUGGGAAACUGGACUUUGGGGAGACCACGGUGCUGGACAGCUUCUACAACGCAGACCUUGCUGUGGUGGAGAUGACGGACGCCUUCCGCCAGCCCUCGCUCUUCUACCACCUGGGAGUCCGAGAGAGCUUCAGCAUGGCCAACAACAUCAUCCUGUACUGCGACACUAACUCCGACUCCCUCCAGUCGCUGCAGGAGAUAAUUUGCCAGAAGAACACUACGUGCUCGGCCAACUACACCUUCAUCCCGUACAUGGUGACGCCCCACAACAAGGUGUACUGCUGUGAGAGCAGCCUGAUGAAGGGCCUGACGGAGCUGAUGCAGCCCAGCUUUGAGAUGCUGCUGGGGCCCAUCUGCAUGCCCCUGCUGGACCGCUUCAUCCAGCUGCUCAAGGUGUCACAAGCCAACUCCCACCAGUAUUUCCGUGAGACGAUUCUGAACGAGAUCCGGAAAGCUCGGGAGCUGUACACUGGCAUGGAGCUGGCCGCCGAGCUGAGCCGGAUCCAACAGCGGCUGGACAACGUAGAGUGCCUUUCAGUCGACAUCGUCAUCAACCUGCUGCUGACGUACAGGGACAUCCAGGAUUACGAGUCCAUCGUGAAGCUGGUGGAGACGCUGGAGAAGCUCCCGACCUUUGACCUCGUGGCUCAUCCUCACGUGAAGUUCCACUACGCCUUUGCACUGAACCGGAGGAACCUGCCAGGUGACCGACAGAAAGCCCUGGACAUCAUGCUGCCCCUGGUGGAGGACGAGGAGAAUGUAGCCUCGGACAUCUACUGCCUGGUGGGACGGAUCUACAAGGACACGUUCCUGGAGUCUCACUUCACCGACACGCAGAGCAGAGACAACGGCGCACUGUGGUUUAAAAAGGGUUUUGAGUCAGAGCCGACGCUGCACUCCGGUAUCAACUAUGCUGUUCUCCUCCUGGCAGCCGGACAUCAGUUUGACACGUCAUUCGAGCUCCGCAAAGUGGGGGUGAAGCUGAGCAGCCUGCUGGGUAAAAAAGGCAGCCUGGACAAGCUGCAGAGCUACUGGGAUGUGGGCUUCUUCCUGGGCGCCAGCAUCCUGGCCUGCGACAACACCAGGGUCAUCCAGGCCUCUGAGAAACUCUUCAAACUCAAAGCCCCCAUCUGGUACCUGCGCUCGCUGGUGGAGACCAUCUUGAUAUAUCAGCACUUCAAGAAGCCCGGUGUGGAGCAGCCGGCCCCCAAACAGGAGCUGGUGGAUUUCUGGAUGGACUUUAUGGUGGAGGCGACCAAGAAGGACGUGUCCUCUGUCCGGUUUCCUGUUUUGAUAUUAGAGCCAACGAAAGUGUACCAGCCUUCGUAUCUGUCCAUAAACAAAGACGUGGAUGACAACACGGUGUCGAUCUGGCACGUUGCCCCGGACGACAAGAACAAAGGAAUUUAUGAGUGGAACUUCAGCGCCACAUUGGUUCGAGGUGUCAGCAUCAGCAAGUUCGACGAGCGCAGCGCCUUCCUCUACGUCCUGCACAAUGCCGACGACUUCCAGAUCUAUUUCUGCACAGAGAUGCACUGCAAAAGAUUCUGUGAUCUGGUCAACAGCAUAACUGAGGAGACGUGGAAAGGUCCAGAGGAAGGAGACUGUGACAACGACGCCUUGGAGUACGACUAUGAGUACGACGAGCACGGAGAGAGGGUGGUUCUGGGAAAAGGCACAUUUGGGGUGGUGUACGCCGGCCGGGACCUCAGCAACCAGGUCCGACUGGCCAUCAAAGAAAUCCCAGAGAAAGACAGCAGGUACUCUCAGCCGCUCCACGAGGAGAUCGCUCUCCACAAGCACUUAAAGCACAAGAACAUCGUCCAGUACCUCGGCUCCCUCAGCGAGAACGGCUUCAUCAAGAUCUUCAUGGAGCAGGUUCCCGGAGGGAGUCUGUCGGCGCUGCUCAGGUCCAAGUGGGGCCCUCUGAAAAACAACGAGCCCACCAUCGGCUUCUACACGCGGCAGAUCCUCGAGGGGCUCAAGUACCUGCACGACAACCAGAUCGCACACAGAGACAUCAAAGGUGAUAACGUGCUCAUCAACACGUACAGCGGCGUGCUGAAGAUAUCCGAUUUCGGCACAUCCAAGAGGUUGGCCGGGAUCAACCCCUGCACUGAGACGUUCACAGGCACGCUCCAGUACAUGGCUCCUGAAAUUAUAGACAAGGGUCCCCGGGGAUACGGUAAACCAGCGGACAUCUGGUCUCUCGGCUGCACCAUCAUCGAAAUGGCAACUGGGAAGCCGCCUUUCUAUGAACUGGGAGAACCGCAGGCCGCCAUGUUCAAGGUGGGCAUGUUUAAGAUCCAUCCCGAGAUCCCAGAGUCCAUGUCGCUGGAGGCCAAAGCCUUCAUCCUGCGCUGCUUCGAGCCCGACCCUGACCACCGCGCCACCGCCCUCGACCUGCUCACCGACGAGUUCCUCACCGUCACCAGCCGCAAGAAGAAGGGCAAGGGCAGCUUCACAGCUCUGUCACCGGGGUCAGAGUACCUCCGCAGCAUCUCCCUGCCGGUGCCGGUGGUGGUGGAGGACACCAGCAGCAGCAGCGAGUACGGCUCCGUCUCCCCUGACAACGACCUCAACACCAACCCCUUCAUCUUCAAGCCCAGCAUCAAGUGCUACAGCGAGAGAGAUGUCAAGGGGCCCAGGUCGCUCUUCCUCAGCAUUCCUGUGGAGAACUUCGAGGACCACAGUGCCCCCCCGUCCCCGGAUGAGAAGGAUUCAGGUUUCUUUAUGCUUCGGAAGGACAGCGAGAGACGAGCCACGCUGCACCACAUCCUGACGGAGGACCGGGACAAGGUGGUGGCCAACCUGAUGGAGGCCCUCACACAGGGCUCCGAGGAGAUGAAGCUGAAGCCGCAGCACAUCUCCACCCUCGUGGUCAGCCUGGGCGACUUCGUUCGCAUGGCGGACAGGAAGAUCAUCGCCAACACGCUGUCGCAACUCAAGCUGGAGCUGGACUUUGACAGCACCGCCAUCAGUCAGCUGCAGGUCGUGCUGUUCGGGUUCCAGGACGCU